AUGAGCUCCUCCAACCGAAGCUAUGGUUCAUCCACCAGGAGCAGCAGUGUCAGCGGGAUCAGUAACAUCAGUAGUAACAACCACGAUGCCAUCACAGAUAGAAACAUGGAGUUCAUUUGGUGGCUCGCCAAUCGUCUCACAAGCUACGACGAGGAGAUGCACAAGGAGAUCCUAGAGGACUUUUUUACCGAUGAUGCCAAAUAUGUACAUCCAGCAUUGACCGUCGAAGGUCGCUACAAUAUCCGUAAAGUCUUUCGGGUAUGGACAUCGCUCAACAAGGACGAGCCAGAGGUCACUAAUAUUGUCUUUGACGGACACACGGCCAUCAUCUCCCUCGUCCAGAAUCUUCGCCCUCGCGUCUUUCCGAUGCUUAACCUUCAAGUUCCUGCCACGACAACUCUGCUGUUCAAGGACACACCCGAAGGCCCAAUGAUCUACAGCCACCAGGACUCUUGGUCCCUCGAAGGAAUUGUACAGAGCAUGCCCCUCCUCGGAUGGUGGUACGAUCACAUUGCACGUGCCGGAGGAUUUUUGCAUACGGCCAACCAGACGACUGGAUAUCUUCAAUUCCGUGCGGAGGAGGUGCAAAAGAUGUCGACGGAAAUCAUUGAAAAGUCGAGCGCCGAGAUUCAGCAGCGGUCGAAGGAGAUGACGGCCAAGGCGCAUUUGAUGGUUGAUCAGGCCAAGGACAGUGUGGAGAAGAGGGUGGCGAGUGCGCGGGAGGAGGUGGAGAGGAUGCGGGCGAUGAUGAGCCAGGGAGGGGCAAAAGCCAUUACGGCCACUCAGGCCUCGGGCUGA